GGUAGGAGGUGCUGCCGGUGACCCACCUGCUGCUCCCGAAAUCUCGUUUCGCGGGCCAUUCCUCGAUGAAUAUCGAUGGCCUUGUUCUCUUGUUUCUGUUUCACCCUUCUCCUCAUCCCUUUUUUCCUUAUUUUUUAUUUCCCUUUUUACGUGUAUGAUUAUUUAUUAUUUAUUAUUAAUUUUAUUUUCGUGUUUAUGCCUCCACCUAGUGCUCCAUUUUGCUGUACCGUGAAACACUCCAAACAAAGUACUCCCAUAUUUCCAUGGGUGCUUCGAUCUUCGCUCUCCUCAGUUUCAACAAAAUCUUAUAGAGAUCAAGACCCAUUUUUUCCGCUCGCUCUGUCUGGAGGGUUAGUCGGAUUUUUCCACAUUCCUAGGGCUUGAAAUGUUGGUUGUUUGAGGAGAGAUUUCAUGGGUUGAACUCGAAGAAUAAUGGAUUGCUUCAUCAGCGACGACGAAGAAUGUCAAUUUUACGAUGCUCAAGAGGAUGUUCUGUCCAUUGCUGAUGAUAAAUCCGAUGGCAGCACUGACACACCCAACGGGAUAUCGAAUUAUUCUGAAUAUGAAGUGUGGACUCGGAGCCCGGGGAGUAUUCAGGAGCGUCGCAGUAAGUUUAUGAAGUGGAUGGGGCUUAGUUCAGAUCGAAGUGCCCAUGAAAAUUCAGUUGAUAGCGGUAGAAUUGAAGAUAAUAGUGGGGCUGUGACGAGAAUCUCUGGUUUCGAGGAUGAAUUUUGUUCAAGUCGCUCUUCAAUUGCUUGUUGGUCCUCUGAAAAUUUAUCAGAGGGGUGUGGCUUAGCAUGGGAUAAGAAAAUGGGUGACAAUAGAGGCAUGGGUCCGGAUAAGUUGGUUGUUUCAGAGGAGCCUGGUGAUUCUACCAAAGUCUCUGGGGAACCCCCCUCUUUCCAACAUUUGAUGGGGAAGGAGUUUGAGGACACAAAUGUUUUUGGCUGUAAGGUGAAAAGGGCCGGAGGGGGUUGGUUCAGGAGAUUCCGUUCAAUAACAUGCAUGAUUGAGGGCCAAGUUGAAGGGGAUAAGGGAAGACAAGAAGGCACUUCUGGAUUCUCAGGGUUUAGGAUUCAGAGGGUCAAGGUCCGUCAAUUCAGGAAGCAAAAGAAGGAACUUUCAGCACUUUUCAUGGGGCAAGAUUUUCAAGCUCAUGAAGGUUCAAUUUCAACUAUGAAAUUUAGCCCUGACGGGCAGUAUCUUGCCAGUGCUGGUAAAGAUGGGAUUGUAAGAUUGUGGAACGUGGUGGAAGCUGAAAGAUGUAAUGACAUCGACACUCCAGAACUUCAUCCAUCUUGCAUAUACUUCACAGUGAAUAAUCGCUCUGAAUUGACGCCCCUAUAUAUGGAUAAGGAAAAACUGAGCAAAGGGAGAAGCCUGAGAAAAACAUCAGAUUCUGCUUGCAUUAUCCUGCCUCCCAAGGUCUUUCAAUUGUUGGAGAGACCGUUGCAUGAGUUCCAUGGGCAUGGAGGUGAAGUUUUGGAUCUCUCUUGGUCAAACAACAAUUAUCUGCUGUCAUCUUCAGUUGACAAAACAGUUCGUCUAUGGAGAGUGGGUUAUGAUCAUUGCCUGAAAGUUUUUCCGCACAAUAACUAUGUGACAUGCAUUCAAUUCAAUCCCGUGGAUGAUAAUCAUUUCAUUAGUGGAUCUAUAGAUGGAAAAGUGCGCAUUUGGGCAAUUUCUGGUUGUCAUGUUGUUGAUUGGACUGAUGUUAGAGAAAUUGUGACUGCUGUGUGUUAUCAACCUGAUGGGCAGGGAGGGAUUAUUGGCUCCAUGACAGGCAAUUGUCGGUUUUACAGUGUAUCAGAGAAUCACUUGCAGUUGGAUUCCCAACUAUGCUUACUUAAUAAGAAGAAACUUCCUGGCAGAGGGAUAACGGGCUUUCAGUUUCUUCCACAUGAUUCUAGUAAAGUCAUGGUUACCUGUGCUGAUUCACAAGUCAGAAUCCUUGACGGGCCUAAUGUGAUUGGCAAAUACAAAGGUCUCAGUGCAGGGAAUCAUAUGUCCGCAACUCUUACUUCAGAUGGGAAACAUAUUUUAUCCGCAUGUGAGGAUUCUAAUGUAUAUCUUUGGAACGUUAGUCAAGAACAAUCUAGUCCCAAAAAAUCCAAGAAGAUAAGGUCUUGCGAGCGGUUCUUUUCAGAUGCUUCCAUUGCAGUGCCUUGGUGUGGUUUGAAAUCUCAACAUCAUCCAAGUGAACACCAGCUGAAUGUUUCAGAUCAGAGAUCAUCUCAAACUGUAUGUCCCAAUCCACCUGUUUCUUUCUCUUUGGGCCAAGAGUUUUUCUCCGAGUCUCCUAGGGGAUCCGCAACUUGGCCUGAGGAAAAGCUUUAUUCCUCGAGCCACAGGCCUGGAAAAUCUGCAAUGCAUAAAUCUGAUUACAAGUUCUUGAAAGCUUCUUGCCAGAGUACCUCCAGUGCUCAUUCAUGGGGUCUCGUCAUUGUCACUGCAGGGUGGGAUGGGCGGAUAAAAUCAUUCCACAAUUAUGGGCUGCCUGUUAUCAUUUGAAACUAGUGGCCUUUUCCCAUGUUGGAAAGAGAAUCAAGAUUUGUUGCUUUGCUUGAGGCACAUUGCCCUCGGCAAAUUACAUGCUGCUACAGUCCCCAGGGCGGAGAUUGAUGUUUAACUGAUAAGCUUGGCAGCACCAGUAACAAAUCAGCUUUUUGAGGGGCCUCUUUUGGAUUUCAGGGAAAUAACAUCACCUAUUGCAUCAGGACAUGUGGCGGUGGUUCCGUGGUUCUAACGUGAACCUGCUUGGAAUCAUACAGCCAUUUUCCGAGCUUUAGCUUGUCUCGAUCCAGAUCAAAUUUCCAUUUGUAGAACUAGAAUCUUCUGGCCCCAAAAAAGUGAUGCAAAGUCAUGUGGUAAAACCUUUACGGGAGAGACCCAUGUGGGAUAUAUCUAUCAUUCUGUCUAUGGAGGAACAGAUUCAGGAACUGGUGGCCGAAGUUCAGUUAGAGGGAAAAUGGUGGGGAAGCUAAGGAUUUGUAUAAUUGGCUGGUUCCAACUGAUUAGAUCUCUUUGUCUGCCAAUCUCAAGUCCUUCUCAUGGUGGGGCUAGAUAUUAUGUACACAGAAUUAUAAGUGGAGGUGUGGAUGAUUGCGACGGCCAUUUCUGCUUCGUUAAGUGCUUUUUGCACUUCAGAUGCAAGCAUGAGCAACCAAACUAAUUUCAGUUCUGUUUUUUUCAAAGUAGUUCUUCUAACAAUAUCAUUGCUAGCUAAAAUUUAGUUUAUCAUCUGUGUUAGGCUGACACAACAUUUGUUUAGUUACCUGGAUCUUGUAUUGCUGUUUCAGUCCGAUAGGAAAAUGCCAUUUUGAUGUUGGCAUAUAUGGAAAAUUUGUAAUUUACUUGUGUAAAUUAAAAAAAAAAAAGAAGAAAUGGCCCAACCUCUGGGUGAUGAGGUUUAUGACUUGUAGCAAGUUUAUACACGAUAUAAACAAUAGUUCCUUCCUUUCCAGAAAGAACAACAAUGAGAAUAAAGAUACUUUUGAUAUCGUCA